UUUGAGCGCGUGAGCAUGCUGGUCAUUCUCCUCAACUGCGUGACGUUGGGCAUGUAUCAACCCUGCGUAGACGACGAGUGCGUCACAAACCGCUGUCAAAUAUUGCAGCUAUUUGAUGACUUCAUUUUCGCUUUCUUCGCACUAGAAAUGGCCAUCAAGAUGAUUGCCAUGGGUGUUUAUGGCAAAGGCACCUACUUAGCUGAUUCUUGGAAUCGGCUUGACUUUUUUAUAAUCCUUGCUGGGGCACUCGAGUACUGUCUCAACAUCGAGAACGUGAACCUAACAGCGAUUCGUACCAUUCGGGUGCUUCGGCCACUCCGAGCUAUCAACAGGAUACCAAGUAUGCGAAUCUUGGUCAUGCUACUUCUAGACACAUUGCCGAUGCUUGGGAACGUUCUUAUCCUCUGCUUUUUUGUAUUUUUUAUAUUUGGUAUUAUCGGCGUCCAACUGUGGGGAGGAAUACUUCGUCAGCGAUGUUUCCUCAAGCCAGACCCCAAUAUCUCUUAUCCCAAGGAUCUGGCGGCGUACUACGAGUAUCCAGAUGAGGAGAAGGACUACAUCUGCUCACGGCCUGACGACUCGGGUAUGCAUCUCUGCAGCGAUCUCCCCCCGACCAAGCUCGGGAACCUCGUUUGCACUGAGCCAGCACUCCCGUUCUCCAAGAACGCCCCGACCAACACCUCUUGCGUCAACUGGAACCAGUACUACUCCGAGUGCAAACCUCAGGGUCAGAACCCUUUCCAAGGCACCAUCUCUUUCGACAAUAUCGGCCUCGCUUGGGUCACCAUUUUUCUGGUCAUCAGUCUGGAGGGUUGGACCGACAUUAUGUACUACGUCCAGGAUGCACAUUCCUUUUGGGAUUGGAUAUAUUUUGUACUACUUAUUGUUAUCGGAUCCUUCUUCAUGAUCAACCUGUGUCUCGUCGUUAUUGCCACCCAAUUCUCGGAGACGAAAAAGCGUGAGAUGGAGCGCAUGCGACUGGAACGGGCACGAUAUCAUUCGACCAGCACUUUGGCCUCUUCCACUAACAACUCUGAGCCUACCUCUUGCUAUGCUGAGCUCAUCAAAUACCUGGCUCACUUGUACAGGCGGGGAAAACGACGUUUGAUUAAGAAGUACCGUCUAUUCAUGUGUAGACGGCAGGAGCAACGCGAAGCGAGGGAACAGAGGCAGCAACUUGAGCGAACACAACAACUUGAGCAACAAAGGCAACUGGAGGCAGCCGCCAACUUGUCUGCUCCUGCCUCUUUCGCUGUAAUCACAGAAGCCCCAUCGGCGCUCGCGAAAAUCUACCCUCGUUCGCAUCCCUGCAUUUCCGCUGAUGAAAAAGUUUCGAAUGUUUCGAGUUUCUGGGGCGCAGACUCCUCCUCGCGGUGCGGAUCUCCGGUAGCGUCAGCUGGCGCCGAGCAGCUUGAUUCGCGCCAACAGUCGACUGUCGUGCCCGGCAUGCUUAAACUCCCCUCCAUCAACACGCCCGCCUCAUUUUCGCCUAAAAACGAAAAAGAAAGCAACGAGAGAGCUAGCAAUAUGCUAUCACCCCCCGGGACGAACCAUCUGCAGCGGCGACGCAGCUCUGUUAUGUUCAGUGACAUGGUACUCUUGCACGACACGGGUCGGAACAUCUGUUCAAGUGAGAAGAUGACACAAACAUCUGGCGGCAACAUAUGGAAUUCUUUGACGUUCCAUCAGGACACUGAGGUUAAUUUGGUGGCAAGCUACAAAAGUAUGACCUGCCAGGAGCUGUUGGCGUUGAGUGGAGCUUUAAUUGCAACGUUGCCAACGGGUCAAAUAGCUCUGGAUUCCUUGUACAACGCUCUGAGUAAGACCAACCAGACAACCUGGGUUCCUAGCACUUCCUUUGUAGAGGCCACCAACAAAGACUGGGUCCUGAAAGGACGAGGCCAUAAUAUUCGCGAACCUAAAGAAGAGAAAGAACAUCACUCCUGCUUUCGUAAUGUCAUAUGUUGCUUCCGCAUUGGAUGCUCCAACUGCCUAUCCAACUCCAGAUGCUACAUCAAAGUGAUCGUCAACCACAAAUACUUCAGCCAGGGCAUUCUCCUCGCCAUCCUCAUUAACACCCUUAGUAUGGGCAUCGAGUACCACAAUCAGCCUCCGGAAUUGACAGUGAUAGUUGAAAUCAGUAAUGUGGUUUUUUCUGGGAUUUUCGCCGUCGAGAUGCUGCUUAAAAUCAUUGCUGAAGGCCCUUUUGGAUACAUCUCAAACGGUUUUAACGUUUUCGAUGGUAUCAUCGUUGUUCUCAGUGUUGUUGAGUUGGGUCAGUUUUACCUAGGCAAAGGAGAGGGAAACUCAGGUCUUAGCGUUUUGCGAACUUUCCGUCUUCUCAGAAUUCUGAAACUAGUGCGAUUUAUGCCAAACUUGCGUCGUCAACUCUUCGUCAUGCUUCGAACAAUGGACAAUGUGGCUGUGUUCUUUUCUCUACUCAUCCUCUUCAUUUUCAUAUUCAGCAUCCUCGGCAUGUACCUUUUCGGCGGUAAGUUCUGCAUGUUGGUCGAUGGCUCGCGCGAGUGCAACUGCUUCGAGAUCGUGAACAAACUCCCGACGUGCAGGUGUGAUCGCAAACACUUUAAUAAUAUCCUCUGGGCCACUGUCACCGUUUUCCAAAUUUUGACCCAAGAGGAUUGGAACACUGUUCUAUUCAACGGGAUGGAGAAGACAAGUCAUUGGGCUGCGUUGUACUUUGUUGCUCUCAUGACCUUCGGGAAUUACGUUUUAUUCAACCUCUUAGUUGCCAUCUUGGUUGAAGGUUUUUCAUCAGAGCGGCAUGAAAGGAGAGAGCGAGAGCAAAGAGAAGCGGCUCGACGAAGAAGGAGGAAGUUUUCACAAUGUUACAGUGAUGAUUUGUGUCGCAGCUCUUGUACAGCUAGCUUAGAAAGCGAAAGUUGUGUUCAAGAACGAUGUGAGUCGGACCGAAAACUCGAGGAAAACGAAGAAACCCGAAGGCAUAACAACUGGCGGAGGAGAAAUAAAUGCAACCUAAAAAAAGAUAAUGAAAUGUUGUGCCCCAUCAUUACCCACACCGCAGCAACACCGCAGGAUUCACCGAACACAACUUUGGACUCUCGUGAAUUCAGGGCAUUGAACAACCACUUCAUGACACAGUCCCCUAGCCUUUCCAUUGAUUCCUUGAAUUGCUCGCUGUCGGUUCCUGGUCUAUUGAAACCCCCUCAAAUGACAGUCAACAAUCUAUCCUCUCAGUCCCUUUCCAGAAAAAGUAGUAUAAGUUUCAACCAGAGCAGUAAAGAGAAAGAACUUCAGUUGAGGUUCCAUGGGGGCCUAUCAUGGAAACUAAACAGAGCGUCAUUAAGGAAAAGGGUCAAAACUGGCAUUGGAGAUACAGAAGAAGUCAACGGUAAAAUUCCACUGAACAAUAACAACCACCUGCUUGUCAGCCCAUUUCAUUCUGGAGAUCAUAUUUCCUGUAACGGCGUUGCAGUUGCAACUAAAUGCAACAACACGCGAAUCGAAAACAUGAGUAAUCCUCAGUUCUCUUACAAUGAUGCUCUCCCAUACUCCUUUGUAACAAGUGCGAGGAGAAGGAAUUCCACGUGUGAAGCUAAUGAUUCUCACACCCUCUACUUAAGGAAGAUGAAUCCAUCAAAAAUGAGUGCUUUAGCCGUUCCUCCUGAAAUGAAUCAAGUGAAUCGGAUCGAAUCACCGUUACCCAAAGUGAAACAUUUUCCUGAACCAAAGGACGCUUAUGAUUCUGCGGCGGAAAAUGAUGGAAACGAUUUGCCCCCAGAAAUCAUAAGAAAAGUUUUCUAUUUUUUUGAAGAAACUGGUUGCCUUAAAGAUAAAGUUAAUUAUUCCCUGUAUAUAUUUCCUCCCAAAAACAAAUUUAGAUUAAUGUGUGUAAAAUUUGUAAGUCAGAAAUGGUUUGACAACCUUGUAUUAUUUUUCAUCGCUCUCAACUGUAUAACGCUUGCGAUGGAGCGGCCGAACAUUCCGCCGGACAGCGUGGAGAGAUUUUUUCUGUCGACCGCAAACUACGUGUUUACCGUUGUAUUCGGCCUAGAAAUGUUCAUUAAAGUUGUUGCGGCUGGGAUGUUUUAUGGCACUGAACCCUAUUUCUCCUCCGGCUGGAACAUCAUGGAUGGACUCUUAGUCAUUAUUUCAAUUAUAGAUUUACUCAUGUCUUUAAUUAGUGAUUCUAGUCCGAAAAUAUUUGGUAUUUUAAGGGUUUUUCGUUUGCUGCGAUCAUUACGCCCGUUGCGGGUGAUAAACAGGGCACCGGGAUUGAAACUUGUUGUUCAGACGCUUCUCUCCUCACUCCGUCCUAUUGGCAACAUUGUUUUGAUUUGUUGCACAUUUUUUAUAAUUUUUGGCAUUCUCGGAGUUCAACUAUUCAAGGGGACCUUCUUUUAUUGCGAGGGGCCUAAUAUCAAGCACGUGAGAAAUAAAACAGACUGUAUAGCGGAUCGAAGGAACGUUUGGAUCAACCGGAAGUACAAUUUUGAUGAUCUGGGCAAAGCCUUGAUGUCUUUAUUCGUUCUUUCCUCUCGGGACGGUUGGGUGAACAUUAUGUACACAGGCCUUGAUGCUGUUGGGGUCGACUUACAACCGAUUGAAAAUUAUUCUGAGUGGAGGCUACUUUAUUUCAUAUCAUUCAUCCUGUUAGUUGGAUUCUUUGUCUUAAAUAUGUUUGUUGGAGUGGUCGUAGAAAAUUUUCACCGUUGCCGAGAAGAACAAGAAAAAGAAGAAAGAGUUAGAAGACUCGCCAAGAAAGCGAAGCAAAUGGAAAAGAAGAGAAGAAAAAUGAUGGAGCCUCCAUAUUACAGCGAUUACUCGAAAUCCCGAUUACUUGUACAUAGUGUGGUUACGUCCAAGUACUUCGACCUUGCUAUAGCUGCUGUCAUAGGUUUAAAUGUCAUCACGAUGGCAAUGGAAUUUUAUAUGAUGCCUAAGAGUCUGGCUUAUACGCUUAGGAUUUUCAAUUACUUUUUUACGGCUGUCUUUAUUCUAGAAUCAAUUAUGAAACUAAUUGCCUUAGGAAUCCAACUUUAUCUUAAAGACAAGUGGAACCAACUUGAUAUAGGGAUCGUGAUUGCUUCUAUCGUUGGGAUUGCUCUUGAGGAAGUGGAAUCAAAAAUUAUUCCAAUCAAUCCAACUAUAAUUCGAGUCAUGCGUGUCUUAAGAAUCGCUAGAGUGCUGAAACUUUUAAAAAUGGCAAAAGGGAUCCGAGCUUUACUGGAUACUGUAAUGCAAGCUCUACCUCAAGUCGGAAAUCUUGGUUUAUUAUUUUUUCUACUAUUUUUCAUAUUUGCUGCAUUAGGAGUCGAACUCUUCGGCCGCUUAGAGUGCAGUGAUGAAAACAAAUGUCAAGGCCUGGGGGAACAUGCUCACUUCAGUAACUUCGGAAUGGCGUUUUUGACACUCUUCCGCGUGGCAACAGGUGACAACUGGAAUGGGAUCAUGAAAGAUACUUUACGCGAUAACUGUGACGAGAGUGCUGAUUGUGUUCGCAACUGCUGUGUUCACUCGGGCAUAGCCCCUAUGUUUUUUGUCAUUUUUGUUCUUAUGGCACAAUUUGUACUCGUCAAUGUUGUCGUAGCAGUUCUUAUGAAGCACUUAGAAGAGUCUCAUAAACAGAUGGAGGAAGAAGCAGACAUGGAAGUUGAACUAGAAAGAGAACUAGCUGCAGAAAUUGCACUUGAGAAAGGAGAGGAGCAGGCUGAAGACAUUUGGUUUCAACACGCCUUGGAGCAAGAUGCGGCAAUGUCAAAUAAGAGACCCUUGGCCAAAGUGCUUUCAUUACCAGCCGAUUUCACCUUCCACAGUGUAACACAACCAAAAAGCAAUAAACGUCGCAGGAGUUCAGUAAAUUCCUGGAGCAAAUGGAGUGACGGUUACAAGACCCGGAGGAGAAAAACUAUUCAAGAUUCCUCCUCUCUGAUGCCUCAUGUCUACACAACACAGCACGACCAAGCUCUUCUGUCGAAAAAAAUAGCGGUCAGAAGAGUUAGGUCAGACUUUAGCGCUUACAAGACAGCACAAAAACCUCCCCUUGAAGAUUAUCACUGCCAUUCUGUAAUAGCGGUUCCAAAAGCCUAUUUAAGCUCACCUUUCGACACCAAACAGCCGUCUGAAUUUCAUCCAGCACUCUAUUACACGUCACCAGAGGAAGAUGUCUCCCCCGAGUGCGUCUCACCGUCUGCACUUCUGGUACCUCCGUCAUAUCCUGAAGCAUCAACGUCCAUUCAGUCGUUCAAUUUUGAAGAACCACCUUCAGUCAAGCUUUUGUCACAGCAAAGGCUCAACGAAGCGUUGGGAGCGGUAGUUUCAACACACAGCUUCUCGGACACGGUUUUAAUGACCAACGACAAAAAAAUCGUUGUGAAAAAUUCAAAUUGGAAAAAAGACCAUGUUUCACGACAAGACUCUCGAGAUGUAAAUAGUGCGGUCGAUGAAAAUGAAAGGCUAAUUAGCAAUCAAAGUCGACACACGAGUCUAUGAUAAUCACCUACCGAUUUUCAAUCAUACCUAUCUGACACCUUCUCUGAUAAAAUUAUUUUUUGGGUGCUAAUUUUAUGAUUUCCUAUACUCGUGGGAAGAAUUCAUUCAUUCCUGCCUUGUUGUAUUUGUUGAUUCGAAAAUUAAAAUAUAAAAACGGCCUCGGAUUGAAUAACUAACGUUUUCAUUCGGGAGAAAACGUUGACGCAAGACAGCAAUAAGCAGAAAGUAGGUAAGACUUUGAACGGUCGGCGCGGGGAGUUUCUUGAAGAGUAGGACAAAUGGAUUCUGCGGAUGAAGUAUUUUGGUCAAGUUCAUUUCAGCAUUAAAUGUACACGAUCCAUUUCACUCUUUCAAAAACGGGGCAUAAAAAGGAGAGCAAAGAUCUUUCGUUUUUGUUUUUUUUUUUUAAAAAUAUAAUUAAGUUGUAUUUCAUUCUGGUGAAUCGUACUUUGAGAUUCAACUUCAGCUACCUAAACUAAACCUCGGUUCGUGAUGAACACCGGACUUUUUCAGUUCGGAUAACAACGGGUUUCAGAUAUAGGAAUUGAAUUUUACUCCCUGUGUAUAUUUACUUCAAUCGAAACAUUUAUUUCAAAAAUCACUCUAGGACACUUUUGGCUAUGUGUCAGGAAUUUCAGAGUCAAUGCGCCUUCCCAUGGAGUUUUCAUUUCCGCUCAAAAAUCAAUUUUGACCAAAAGUGAAGAUUUGCCCUCUUCGAAAUGAUUGUUUCACUUUUCUCAAUGAAUUAAAAAAAGAAAGAAAAGAAAUAGAGAGAUAGAGAAUAGAGCGCCGCCCCCCCCCCCAUUGUGAGUAGAGGGAGAGUAGUUACUACGUUAAAGAACGAAAAAAAAAAAUAAUAGUAAGGACGGUGAGGAUAUGCACUUUACAAUGAGUUAUUUGGUACUUUUUAAAGCUUUUUUGUAAUGCCUGAAAAAUUUAGGGACAAUUUCUCUUUACUGAGGGCCCGUGUAAUAAUGGUUAGGUUCCCACAUUUUUGUACUAUUUGAUUACAUUGUACAAACGUGGGAUUAGAGAGUACAGACCUGCGAAAUAAAUUUGAAACAUUUUUUUUUUUUCAAUUUCGUAAAUCCUACCAACUGUGGAAUGGAGCGUGAGCAUGGUUAAUACUGAGAAAUUAACUUUGGUACCUGCGCUGAACAUGGAUCAGGCAAUCUGGUGUGUGUUCAUUAUUAUAGAUCUUGCCGCGUCGCACAGUGGAUCGAGUCAAUAAGGAGAGGUCGGAAAAAAUUUGGAAACUUUAGAUGCUUAUAACUCCGUUUAUACCAAACUUUAAGGUUCUCAAAGUGGUUUUAUUCGUUUACCCGUGAAUUUUUUUUCCAGAAACACCCCUCAAAGUUCUAAAUGUGACGGAAUAAACAUUAAAAUUUGCAAUUUUAGUCAAAAAUUUCAUUUCCGACCUCUCUAAUUGACUCACUCCACUGUGCGACUCUGUCAAUUUUUGCAAUAGUAGGAGUAACGCAGGGACCAAGGGACCUUCCUAAGCGUGGCCCUUGUGCGUCUGAAGCUUGUACAAGCUUGGCUGUACUGACAAAUCAUCCUACGGGAGGUUUCAACUAUCUAAUUUUUGGUAGGUGAUUCUUGUCGUAUCACAUUCUUUAGUCUCGUUGCUUUAAACCCACUUGAAGUAAGAAUAAUGCAAUUUUCACGAAUUUCAUAUCAUGAAACAUGUUACGUUUUCCAUUGUUAAACUAAUUUCACAGCUCAUUGCGUUUUAAUGUGUUCUUAUUUAGGGUCUGUGGGCUACUUUCUGCGUAAAAACGGCAAUGAGCUUAUUUAGGGAGUGAGAAACACUCUGCAGCGGGAACAUGCCCCUUGCCUUAUUGUUACACUGGUGGUGUGUGUUUGGGGUGGGGAAGGGGGCAACCGGUUCCUUGCUUUCUUUCCUCUAAUUUUGUACUCUUGCUUGAAAAAUCAAUGACAGUGUUGGUAUCCGGUAAAAUCCGGUGCUAAGUCUCGCAUGCAAUUCUUUUGGAUUGUUUGACAAGGAGACAUACAAAUUUUCCCUAUUAUUAAGGACUGAUCCGAGAAUGAUAACGAGAUUUCUUCCCUUCGGAAUCUCAAGAAAAAAGGAGCGAUAGUGAUAUUUUACCACGAAGACAGCAAAUCCCUAAUUGCGUUCUGUCUAGUUGCGAUACUGAUAUUUCAAAAUUUUCCCGAGGAAAGACCCCUGUCUCAUUUUUUAAAAAUUCCCCUAACCCAAAAGGUUCAGUCCACACGCCGCCACCGACACCGACUUGUUAAGAAACUGAAUCUAGAUCUCCGCCUCGGCAUAUUUAAAGUCGAUAACUAUUAUAAAAACAAAAUUAUAAAGAACACAUCGACCAAAAUAAAGAAAGAGAAUGAAAAUGGAUCAUACUAUAAAAGAGAAGAGGGAAAUAGAAAAACAUGAACCGAUGUUAACUUUGUAUGUCAAUUUUCUUCUUCAUUUUAUUUCCUUUAUUUAAUUCUUAGGUUCGUUUAUUUCUUCAUUUUUAGAUAUUUUUUUUGGUAAAAUAUUUGCCUUGCAUUUCUGACCUACGAUACCAAAGUAAUCAUUAAUGUGAAAAUGUAAAAUGUAGAAUUGUAUGACGCUGUAUUUUAAACUAUUUAAGAUUUCUUCCGUAGAUUUCUAUGAAUUCUCUCCGAUGCAUAUAAACUCUUGUGAUUUCUCUAGUUCCUAACAUCUGUCAGCAAUGAUGACCUUCGCAAGAUGGCAACAGUAUAUUUAAAUUUAAAUUAAAUAAUUGAUUUUUAUCAAUUACAUAAUUAUAAUGCAGUAGGUUCAUGAUGGGUUUAAAUCGAGGGAGUUGCCAGUUUGCGUAGAUCGUGCCUGACGGUAAUCUGUCAGUCAUUUUGAUCUGUUGAAACGAAAUCAUAUAUUUUACUGCAAGUAGGCAUGUAUAUUGUAGGCAUUCAAUUAUUUUCAACACUAAAUGAUAGCAAACUGAUGGCGUAGUGUAAUCUUUUACGCAAACAAAGUUUAUAACUGCUCUUCCAUUAAUUUGCAUCAGUAGUCAAUUAAUUAAAUUUUUUAUACGCAUAGAGUCUUGAAUUUUAUCAUUGUAAUACUGUUUUUAAGCAAUUUUAGAUAAGUUUGCCCAAAAUGGAACACAUUUUCUGUCGACAUCGAAAUCCAAAUGAGAUCCGUUUGAAAAACAAAAAAACUUGUAGACCAACGGGGUUUACCCCCUGGCCGCUAGGUAGGCAAUUUGACCUCCGGAGGGCGGUUUGCAGCCAUUUUCAAGAAACCGGGAAAUUCACACUUUCAAAGCAAUGUUUUUUCCUUCUUUUUUUAAAAAAAAAACAAAAUCUGAACGAUUUUGCGUAAUUUCAACCAGGCAAAUCAUCCACAGAGAGACACUCAUUCUUGAAUAGGUAAUACAAGAGUUGAAAUUAUUCGUACUUUAUGACUUAGGUCGUUGCAUCUCUACAUACUUGAAUGUAUGUAACUUACCUUACCUACAUGAAUACAUGGUAGAUCGCGGUAAUAUUAUUGAACGUGUUCAUGCUGAAAAGAAUAUUGUGAGAAUGAAUAAAAUCCAAAAGAACUAUCAUGCACGCAAAUCUUAUGCACAUAUAGUUCCCUUUGGCUAAUUGAUUCCUCACAUAUUUGGUUCAUUUUGGCAUAAAAACGUCCAAAUUUUGAUCCAUAGAUGUAUCUCCAUACCCUUCGCUCCCUCCCUGCUGGCCGGUCUAAAACUAGGCAUCCACUCUCAAGCGUUUCUGACACACCUCCAUUUAACGUAUCGACCAGAGGCAGCCUAACAACAUUCCACGUUGCAUAAUUUCCUCUCAUAUUUCAUUUUUUAAAAAGAGAUGUAGGUAUCAUAGUGUCUGAGAACUUUCUGUGGAUAUAUCCUAAAUUACAAACAAUACCUGUACUCACGAAACAAGUCAGAGUGUUCUUAUCUUCCUGAGGAGGAUUUAUAGCACGAGAAGAAAUGAGGCAAAUCAUGAAGAUAGGCUGAUUUUAGGUGAAUUCGUUCAGAUGUUAGGUCCUUCUCGACGCUAAUAAUUGUAAGUCGUAACCAAACUGAACCAAUGUCUUGAACUGCAACUGAACUGACCGUGCUCCGCUGGCCAGUCGCGUGUCCCGCCUAUGCCGACGAUGAUCAUAGUUGCCAGAUUUUGGCUGAUAAUGAGGAUUGUUCCCGUAAGACUCAAUGUAAACAAAUUUUUAUUUUUCAGCACAAUCUGGCAACCAUGCCCAAUCCUCGAUUGCACUUCUCUCGCCGUGCUCGAGAGAGAACGGAGCAUCAUAGGUGCUUUAAGUUUUAAACCAAAUUUGUUAUUUCACUUUGUUACGAUAUUGUGAUAACUCCAGGAUGAGUUUGUAGUCCGAUAAAAGAAAUAAUAAUGAUAAGUAGUAUUAUUUUUUUUCUCUGUAAAUAAGAUGUAUCUAUACGUAGAAAUCACGGGAGAUUGGUGACUGGAAGCCCACCUAUUUGAGGUAGAUGCUCUGACUUCAUGUCGGUGUAACCUCCUUGCCAUUUCCACAAAAAUCGUCUGAGUUUCAAAAACUUAUGGUAUUUGGAAGGCUUAAGAUACCGAACAGGUUCGCUUAAACUAUAAUUUGCUGCUGAAUGCGAGGCGUAUGUUUACUUGUACAAGUCGCCCAUUGAGUGCUCUCUGGCGCUCUGCAACACUCAAACGCCGCGUGUAGCCGAAUUCCAAAAGAUCUUGGGGCAACUGACAUCUCUGAAUUUCUUCAUUGAUACCUUGCCGCCGUUGCAUUGAGACGAGCCAGAAAUUGUGAUGAUUUUUACCCUCAAUUUUUAAGUAAAGUUAUAGAACACGUCAAGCUCGAAUAAUAUGAGGUGCCAAUAAUGUGGGAAAUUCCUGCUUCUAUCCUGCCUCAUCCACCAUAUAGAGAAAUCAAUUGUAAAAUGCAACGAUUGUUCUCAUGGCCUGUAGACUCAACUCUUAAUUAUUAAAAAAA